CAGUUAUUAUGCAUUCAAAAAAUCCCUAUACACGCUCUGCCUUCAAACAUUAGGAGCCAUCUUAUCCAUAAUAUCCAUAGGAUGAUUAUUACUAUGAACCUCAGUCAUAUCCUUAUUAUUAAUAACCUCCACCUCAAUAUUAUUAAUAACAAUCCUAUCAUUAAUAACCUUAGUAUGAAUAACCUAUGCCAAUAUAUUAUGAAUAACCAUACCCUCCAUAUUAAGCAACUCAACCAACAAAUAGCUUUAUGGAACCUUCACUAGGACCCUUCUCAAAUUAUUAUGGAGGAGAGGGAAUGAUCACAGAUAUAGAAUAUUUAGAUUUUCCUUCUGAUCUUACUUAUAAAAGAACUCCACUCAAUUUAAGAAAACAUAAUAAAUUGAAUAGCACUACUAGAUAAAGUAAUUUAACUUAUUAUACAGUUUAUAGAUAAGAAGAAUCCCAUUACUAUUUUCUUUAGUAUUUUAUUAGAAUAAUUAAAUUCUGAGAGAUAGAUUGAAGAACUCAAAAGAAAAUUAGUAGCUACCUAAGAUUUUCAUGCUCCUUCCUUAUUCUAAGUAAUCCUAAUCUAAUUUAUCAUUAGUUUAUUGAUUAGAAUAAAACUUAAAAUAUCAUAUUUGAUGAAUUUUUUUAAGGCCUCUAAGAUUUAGAUAUCAAAGUCAAUUAUAACUAACUCUUAUUGGUUUACAAUAGAUUUUCAGAAGCAAAAAAUAAAAUGUCAUUAUAAGACUUUGAAAAGAUAUUCUUACCUAAUGGAUAGACAUCAAGAAAUUAUAAGUAUUCUAAUACUCUUGGACCAAAAGCAACGCCCAUUUUAAAAGACCUUAUCAAAUUUUAUCAAGCAAAUGAAUAAAGAUUUGAAAAUUCAAGAGAUUUACUUCAAAAAGAAGGAAUAAACAUUGAAGAAGUAUAUCAAAAGAUGGAUACCAAUUAAUCCAGAAAUAUAGGAUUGAAUGAAUUUAUGAAUGCUCUUAAUUUUUAUAGUGCUGUAAAGGUUUUACCAUAAGAGGCAUCAUUAUUAUUUAUGAGAUUCGAUAAAUCAGGAAAUGGAACUAUAUCACUAAUGGAAUUUAAAAGGGAAAUGGCAUGUAAGUUAACUUGA